GCAUGUAUGAGCUGCACGCCUGAAGCCCACAGCGGCAGCAGCAGCCUCCUGUACGGACAAGGUGCAGGGAGGUGGUGUCGGAGUUCAUGCGCACACCUCUGGACGCUGCUGCCGAGGAGGGCCGUGGUGUCUCUGCAGCGCCGCAGCUUUUCAGAGGGAUGCCGUCUCGAUACGUGACUCCGAGCCCAAAGCUGCCCUGGCUCGGGAUCUGAGAGGGAGGGGUGGGGGGGCCCUAGCGCGGCACCCCGCCCGUCUCGCCUCAUUUGGACUGCAGGGAUAACGACCUAAACCGUGAUAUCCCCGCGCAGAAACCACUGAGCAGGUGUUGGUGGCAGCGCUGUCAUCACCAGUACACCGUCUUCCUCCAUCCCGCACCUCUGCGCCAAAGGUUUCAGUCGCCAUCGGGUAACAUGGAGUAAGAGUGGCUUGUCGUUGGAUAUCUUCAACUUUAACUUGUGUUAUGAUGCGAGGACCAGAAGGGCUGAUAGUGGGGGCCUCUGUGUGGAAGGCUCCCAUGUAAUUCCGGUAAUGACAACCUCUUCAAACCAACUCUCGCUGUUCAAACAUGAGGAUUUAAGUUGAGUCAACAAGGGACAAAUCAGCAAAAUGCUUCAUCACAUCGUCAACCAGCCCAGUCAAUAAGAAGCUCCCACUCAUCCCUCAGUCUCAUCAACUGUUUUCGCUUCUCGUGGCUGUCUCCUCAUCAGACACACAACAUGCGCCCUUCACUCGCUACUGCAGUCCUACCACCCAGGACCCGUUCCCACAAUCCUCCCAACCUGGCUGUGGGGGGCCGUGAACACUUGUCAGCUCCAAGAAGGCGCAGCCCGCACCUCCGGCACACCCUCAGCCCAGAGAACCUGCGGACCCUGGCGGAGAGGGGCGGGGCCGCUGUCGAUACCGUCUCUGUCGUCAGCAGUCCCAUAGGGCUUCCACGGGCUAACAGCGACACAGACCUGGUGACCUCCCAGAGCCGGUCCUCGCUAACAGCGUCAACUCUGGAGUACACUCUGAACCGUGGUCAGAACCUCGUCAUAUCCUGGGACAUCAAGGAGGAAGUGGAUGCUACCGACUGGAUCGGCCUGUACCACAUUGAUGAAACCAGUCCGUCUAACGUGUGGGACUGUAAGAACAGAGGGGUGAAUGGCACCCAGAAAGGACAGAUUGUUUGGAGGCUGGAGGCUGGGCCCUACUUUAUGGAGCCCGAGACCAAGAUCUGUUUCAAGUACUACCACGGAGUGAGUGGAGCCCUGCGAGCUACAACCCCCUGCAUCACCGUGAAGAAUCCAGCCGUCCUGGUGGAGGGGCUGGCAGAGCAGGUGGGCAUUGAACAUCCUCGGAAACUGAUCAGCUUUACUUUGACGGAUUUGCGUGCCACUGGCCUGAAGAAGGGCAUGUUUUUUAAUCCGGACCCGUACCUGAAGAUGUCCAUCCACCCAGGGAAGAGGAGCGUAUUCCCCAUCUUCAGUCAUCACGGACAGGAACGAAGAUCAGCCAUCAUUGCUAACACCACCAACCCCAUCUGGCAUGGAGAGAAAUACACAUUCGUAGCACUAAUGACAGACAUCCUGUAUAUUGAGGUGAAGGACAAAUUCGCAAAAAGCCGACCAAUCAUCAAACGCUUCCUCGGUCAGCUCACUAUCCCUGUGCAGCGGCUUAUAGAAAAAAUACCUGGUGUUCAGCCUGUCAGUUUCUCUUUGUGUCGGCGCCUGCCCACUGAACACGUAAGCGGCCAGUUGCAGUUCAAAGUGGAGCUCACUUCAACCGGGCCUGACGGUGCUUCUCCUGAUUCUAUCAUUGGCAUUUCAUCCUUGAACGGAGCUCCGGGGACUCCAUCUGAUGAUGAGGACCUGCCACAUCACCUUCCGGGGGUGGUUUCUUCAGGCCCCUCCCCUACCGGCUCCCAGGGUUCCCAAGGCAUGUGGGAAGGUGGGGCUGCGGCCUGCGUAGAAAAGGACCUGCCUCUUGUUGGAGCCGAGGCGAGAUACAUGGAGCCUGAAAGCUUCUCGGGCCAUGAAAUGCUCCAGAGGUCAUUCAGUGAGGGUCUGGAUGCUAUUGAGGCCCCCAAGGGUCCUGGUGAAAGACCCCUGGGUGCAGCCUCACCCAAACUGCGCUCUAGCUUCCCCACAAACACAAGGCUCAGCUCCAUGUUGCACAUAGAUUCAGACGAGGAUGAAGACAGGUCGGGGGCCAAUGACAUCUCUCCAGUGCCACUGUCACCGCUGCUGAUGAACGGAGCGCCUCUAGAUGUCGGCGGUCCCGAUGAAGACGAUCCAUUUCCUGAGCUACAGCAGGAGCCUGAGCAGCUAGAGCCCUCAGUGCUUGAAGAGGAGCCCGAGGGUGCAUGUGCUUUGGCAGAGGACAUGCCCCCUGAGGUGGAUGUGGAAACAGGUCUCGACUUGGAAGAUGUUUUGGAGCCAGAUGUGUUCUCCGAAGUGGAGGAGGCUCCUUUCACAGAAGCCGUGUCUCAUAACACUUUGCCAGAGGGUGGAGAGCUGCCUGAGGAAGGAAGGGUCCCUGGCGAGGAACCCUCAUCAGAGAUUGACACCUGCUCCAUGGCAACAGCCCCACAGACGGUCUUCUCAUCAUCAGAGAGCUGUCCAAUCACACUUACCACUGCUGUGGAAGCGGAGGAGGGAGCAGAGACGGCCAUUGAUCCAGGGGGAGAUGUAGUUCCCAGCACCCCACCAACUACUCAAGCUGUAGACGAUGAAGGCGGUGGGCAAACUGAUGUCACUGAGGCUGAAGGAGAAGCUGCGGCAGCCAGCGGGCAGGAGGAGGUUGAGGAGACUAGUGUAAGGAGGCUCAGCCUGCAGGCUGCAGGGGGCGUGGCUGAAGAACAGGAAGGGGAGGUGACAAAGCCACAGGAGGAGGCGGGGUCUGCGGAUUCAGAGCAAGUUACCACAGAAACAGACGGAGAGGAUGGUACCCAUGUCAACGGCCAUCCUGUACGUUCGCUUCCUUCUGUACGUCACGACAUCCACCGAUACCAACGUGUGGACGAGCCUCUGCCCCCCAACUGGGAGGCUCGUAUUGACAGCCAUGGGAGGAUCUUCUUUGUGGACCACGUCAACAGGACCACAACAUGGCAGCGUCCCACCGGACCUCCUGCCCCGCAGGGCCUGACCCGCUCCAACUCCAUUCAGCAGAUGGAGCAGCUCAACCGCAGAUACCAGAGCAUCAGGAGGACCAUAACCAACAGUGAUCGGACAGAGGAAGCCUCGGUUGACUUGUUACCUGAACCAGAAAGCGAUCUAAUGCCUCAGUCCAUAGCUGAAUACCGGCGAGAAAGCGCAGUCGCUCACGGCAGCGGCCGCUCGCGCCUCUCCCUGCUGCUCCAGUCGCCCAGCGCCAAGUUCCUGUGCAGCCCCGACUUCUUCACCGUGCUGCAUUCAAACCCUAGUGCCUACCGCAUGUUUACGAGCAACACCUGCCUGAAGCACAUGAUCAGUAAGGUGCGCCGGGACGCUCAUUACUUUGAGCGCUACCAGCACAACCGCGACCUCGUCACCUUCCUCAACAUGUUCUCCAAUAAGCAGCUGGAGCUUCCCCGAGGCUGGGAGAUGAAGCACGACCAUACUGGGAAGCCCUUCUUUGUGGAUCACAACUGUCGGUCCACGACCUUCAUUGACCCACGGCUGCCCCUCCAGAGUUCUCGCUCGACUGGGCUGCUGGCCCACCGCCAGCAUCUGAGCCGCCAGCGCAGCCACAGUGCCGGGGAGGUAGUGGACGACUCUCGCCAAACCAACCCGCCCGUCAUGCCCCGCCCCUCCAGCACCUUCAGCGGCUCCAGUCGGAGCCAGUACCAUGACGUGGUACCUGUGGCCUACAAUGACAAGAUAGUGGCGUUUCUACGGCAACCCAACAUCUUAGAGAUACUGCAGGAAAGGCAACCUGAGCUAGCCAGAAACCACUCCCUCAAGGAGAAAGUGCAGUUUAUUCGCAGUGAGGGAGUCACUGGGCUGGCUCGUCUCUCUAGUGACGCUGACCUCGUCAUGCUGCUGAGCUUAUUUGAGGAGGAGGUGAUGUCAUAUGUGCCACCGCUACUCCACCCAGGUUACUGCAUCUCCUCCCCUCAGAGCUCCCCUGGCACUCAGCGAGCCAAUGCCCGUGCUCCUGCUCCCUAUAAGCGAGAUUUUGAGGCAAAACUGAGGAACUUCUAUCGAAAGCUGGAGACCAAGGGUUAUGGCCAAGGACCAGGGAAAGUCAAGCUGAUCAUACGCAGGGACCACCUCCUGGAGGAUGCCUUCAACCAGAUCAUGUGUUACUCUCGUAAAGACCUACAGAGGAGUAAACUCUAUGUUAGCUUUGUGGGCGAGGACGGACUGGACUACAGCGGACCCUCCAGAGAGUUUUUCUUCCUGGUUUCCAGAGAACUGUUCAACCCGUACUACGGCCUGUUUGAAUAUUCAGCCAACGACACGUACACUGUCCAGAUCAGCCCCAUGUCUGCCUUCGUAGACAACCACCAUGAGUGGUUUCGCUUCAGUGGGCGUAUCCUUGGGCUGGCUCUGGUCCAUCAGUACCUGCUGGAUGCCUUCUUUACCAGACCCUUCUACAAGGGGCUUCUUCGCAUCCCGUGCGACCUGAGUGACCUGGAGUUCCUGGACGAGGAGUUCCACCAGAGCCUUCAGUGGAUGAAGGACAAUGAUAUCGAAGACAUGCUGGACCUCACCUUCACUGUCAAUGAGGAGGUGUUUGGACAGAUCACAGAGAGAGAGCUGAAGCCGGGCGGGGCUGGUAUCCCUGUGUCAGAGAAGAACAAGAAGGAGUACAUUGAGCGAAUGGUCAAGUGGCGUAUUGAGAGAGGAGUGGCCCAGCAGACAGAGAGCCUGGUCCGGGGCUUUUAUGAGGUGGUGGAUGUGCGACUGGUGUCUGUGUUCGAUGCCAGGGAGCUGGAGCUGGUGAUUGCAGGCACUGCAGAGAUCGACCUGGCAGACUGGAGGAACAACACAGAGUACAGAGGAGGUUACCAUGACAACCACAUAGUGAUUCGCUGGUUCUGGGCGGCUGUGGAGAGAUUCAACAAUGAGCAGAGACUGAGGCUGCUGCAGUUUGUGACAGGCACCUCCAGUAUUCCCUAUGAGGGCUUUGCCUCUCUGCGGGGCAGUAAUGGACCCCGCAGGUUCUGUGUGGAGAAGUGGGGAAAAAUCACCUCCUUACCCAGGGCUCACACUUGCUUUAAUCGUCUGGACCUCCCACCUUACCCCUCCUUCUCCAUGCUCUAUGAGAAGCUGGUCACGGCUGUCGAGGAAACGAGCACGUUCGGUUUGGAAUAACCUCAAAAGCAGCUCACACCCAGGUGUAACUCAAGACGGGAGAACCAUCUGGAAAUCCACCUUUCUCGCUUUGGGAGGGACAUGGGAAAUAAAACUAAUAUCCUCAAAUGGCAACUACCCACCUGUGGAGAACUCUGCUGUUUUUUUCCAACUAGCUUUUUGACACUCAGCACGCAGGAUUCAUUCCAGUUCUCUGCUUUUCUCUCACGUUUCUGGCAGAGAUCAAUCAAGUGAACACCUUCUGGAAGAAAGGCGGAGAAUUGGAGAAUAGCUUCAAAAGCUGUACAGUACAGUUUCUUGUUUUCAUGGUAACCUUUGUUCAUCGAGCCACAUGUGUGCUUUAUCUCUUCAGUUAAUGGCCUUGGUUACCGGAUUUCUAGCAUCUCACCUUCUCCUUCUCCUCCUCCUCCUCCUCCUCCUCCUCCUCCUCCUCCUCCUCCUCCAACCUGCACCUCAGACACAGCUGCUCAAACACCACAAAGCUCCCCUCUCCCUCCCUGGACCUCUAAACUGUGUCCUUCCUGCACUGAGGCUGCAGCGUUAUUAACUAUGACACAAACACACGCAUACACACACAGUAAUCACCUUCGCACAAAACACACACAAACAUGGGACAUUUUGGUUUUUAUUAAUGGUGCAAACCAGUGUUUCCCCCAAGAUUUUUUUAUCAGCAUGGAAAUAUAUGACAUUUUAGACUUUUAACUGGAUACUGACUGGUCCUCCCUGCCUGUCUGAGAACAGGAGAUACACUGGUGUGCACACAUAUAUACACACACACACACACACACACACACACACACACACACACACACACACAUAAACAAACAAACAAACAAACACAAGGCAGUUGUUCUAAAACUCAUAAUACACUUGUUUCCGCGGUUUUUGAUUCUUGAAUUAGUGGGACAGCGAGUCAGAAAUCAUCAGUAACAUAGUUAUGGAGCAAUUGUAAUAAUGAGAGCAGGUUCUAGUCAGGACUGUUACCUUGAAGACUGCGACAUCAGAGCUCUGACAUGAGCAUGAAAGGUUCGGACUAAUCAGAGAAAUGCAGCCUGCAUACCCUCAACUAGGACACCCAGUAUCACACACCACACACAAACACAUGCAUACAGUAUUAUAACAUUAGCCUCUCACCUGCGGGUGUAUACUUUCUUACAGAUGCACUCAGUGCACAGAUACUGACACACUUCAGUCAGAUAGAAACGCAGGGCUCCUGUCUCUCAAACUCUCCACACAUUAAUCAUGAGCAAUAGAUGCACUUUCUCACACAGACAGCUGACACCUGUUCGUAAGUAUGACACACAAGGUCCCUCUCACUGAUGUUAUCGCCUCCCACCCAAUGAAAGUGAUGAAUGUACCAAAUCAGUGACUGAAUGUAUGAACCUCAAGCAACUCUGUUCGGCCCCUCACACACACACACACACACACACACACACACACACACGGGCUGAAGAAGAAACACAAAAUUGGAAGUGAAAGGAGGGAAAGGAAAUGAAAUGUGACGCGGGGUUGCUUGAGGAAGGAGGAGGCGCUUCACUCGAUGUUGGCACCAGAUUAGGCCUUUGUUAGCUAAAGGACACAAACCUGGUGUCACCCAGGCUCCUGGUCAGGGUGCAGUGGCAGGAUUUUUUUUUUUACUUUUUAUUUUAGUGCCUCUUGGGUUUUUGUGACCAUGAAGUUAAAUUUCAUAAGGAAAGCUGUUUUAUUUCCUUUUGAAAAUUUGACCAGAUCCACGUGUCUCUCAAAUCAACUGUGGGAGCUUGCAGUUUAAAUUCCUUUAACAGAUAUCAACACGAGGGGGCAGUAAGGUGUGCUAUCAUUACUAUCAAAGCAAAGCAGUGAUUUGUCCUUACUGAAUGACAUGACCAGGUUUGAUGAUGAUGAUGUCAGGAGGAAGCACUGAGCUUUAGGGCUGUAUGGAUAUUGUACUUAAGAACAUUUGGCAUGUGAUAAAACAUUUCUGUAUCUCUUAAGUACACAACCAUCACCCUAAGGACCCUUUCACUCUUGUCUCUCACACACUUUCCUACACACAAACACACACACACGUACACACAUACACACACACACACACACACACAAAGACACACAUAUUCAUUUUCUAUGGGGUGCAUGCAAGAUUACACCUACUGUACAGAGUCCUGUUGAAGCUAGACCACAGGGACUGGAAUAGUGGUAAAGAGCCCCACAUGUGAUGCGAGAUGUGGAGGCAGACUUUCGUAUCCCAGCCCCCCCCCCCCCGUCCUCUCCUCUCCCAGCCCAAUACUGCAUGCGGGAUCUUCUCGGUCAGCUCUGUGAGCCGUGCCAGGGCAGAAACCCCUAGAUGGCGUUGUGUAAUAGCUCGAUAUUGCAUGCUGAAAUAGUGCAAACACACUGUCCUUACUAGCUUUUUUGCAUGAGGAUAUUGCUGUCCAUUCAGAAAAAGGGGUAAGGGAGCUGGUUAAGAUGUGUCACUUUGGUUGUGGCGCUCACUUGAGGCAUGCGGCCUUAUGCUUACCCGGCACUGUCAUACCGUGAGCGCGAAGCUCAUGGGAACGAGGUGUGGGGGGGGAAAGGUGCUUCAUUCACUUAGUAUUAGCACUGGGAUUGGGCGAUGUGUGAAUGCAACAGUUUGUUUUCUCUAUGACAGUGUAACGGCGAGUAUCUUGGCAGCAUGUUUCAAAAAUGUUGUUACUUUCACACGUGUGCGUCUGCCUAUCUUAGUAAUAGGUCGAUGGUUAUGUUUCAUUGCUCAUGAGUUGGUGAUGAAUCAAUAGGGCUGUUUUGAUUUUGGGAAACGUGAGAGCACAUGUACGUGUACCAUGUGUGCGGUCCUGUUCGUCUCUUUGUAUAUAACUGUAUAUGUAUGUCUGUCCUGUUGUGUGUAUAAAUAUAUAUUUUGCACCGAAUGUACCAAAGGUUUGGGGCUUGCAAAGUCAACCAUUAUUAGGCCUGCUCUCUGUUUCUGUCUAACAAACACAUCCCACUUCUGGCUUCUGCCAAAUCCUUACAGAGCAUCAUCAUGUUUGCUUGAGGGGCAGAUUUCUGGCAUGGGCAACAACGCUUCACAUUAGGAUUUACAUCACUUGGUCAGUUUGACAUUUUCCACAAUGAGGCUUUUCUGCUGCAGAACACUGAUAAGACUGAUUACUUGCUUCACAUCCAAAUGAAGACAGUUGCACCUCUCUUCUUUCCUUGUGCAUUUCUGACAGGACCAGGCUCCACUUUUCAGAUUUCCACUCUAUGCAAAGCUCCUGUACGUGUGUCUCCAUUUCACCCCAAUGAUUGUAAUAAAAGAGAACAAAUGGCAAAUUUUGA